CAUUGUAUGAGUUCUGGUCAGUAGGCAUCUUGCUAGCCAAGUUCAUGGAAACCCAGGGGUGGCUAAGGGUCUCCUGAACCGGUGCAGCACCAUUACCUCUGGCCUUUAGUCUGUGUAUCUAUGUGGUGUCUUCAGGGGCAUACAAAACUGGCGUCACUGGUGUUUAGGGCUGCUUUUCUGUUAGCUUUUCUUUUCAACUUUUUUCUCUUUGGUGUGGUAGGAGAGGAAGAACCUGGACACGGCUGGACAGGAAGGAGGGCGGGAGGAGGAAGGCAAUUUGGUGAGGCGUUUUUCCUUCAAAGCGAUUUGGUAAAGCGGUAUCAAGCGGAAGACAAGGGCGUGAGUUCGGGGUCUGCUUGCUCUCUUAAUUCUGGUCACGGCGAAGACCACAAGAAGCUGCAAGUUUAGUGAUCCUGGAUUGAUGCCCCUUGUCUCAACCGGGAACCGAUUAUUAUCCUUUGUUUAUAUGGCGUGUACAUCAUUGGCGUUUGCCGUGAGGCGCCUCUCACGAUAUGAGCAGGUUCAUUGUGACGGUGUAUUUUCAGGCAACGGUUAGCUAGCAGCUGGUAGGCAACAAGGGAAACUGGCAUGGAAAUUUCAAGGCGCAUAAACAUAC